UUUUUUCUAAAUGAAGAGAUUUCUAAAACAAUUUUCACAGACCCAUGCUAUAGCUACACUGCGCUGAAUGAUUCAUGGAGAGCCACCAACAAUCUAUUUUCCUCUCAACUAAUGUGUGACACUGCGGUCAUCUGGAACGGCUGGUACCGUCUCUUCAUUCAGGGCCAGAGCGCUCAGAUGCCAGACACAUGUGUUGAUGUGUAUAGAUGUGGUACUUUUACUCCACUGUGGCUGAACGGAGGACAUCCAACAGUUGAGGAUGGAGUGGUCACUCGAGCUGUCUGCGGAAACUGGACCAAUAACUGCUGCUAUUUCCAAUCCAAUCCCAUUAAAAUCAAAGCCUGUCCUGGCAAUUACUACGUCUAUAAGUUUGUGAGCCCAAUUUCCUGUCAUUCAGCAUACUGUGCAGAAGUUAGGAACAUUACCACCAAUAAUGCAACUGUCACUCCAAACACAACUUUGGCAGACCCAUGCUAUAGCUACACUGCGCUGAAUGAUUCAUGGAGAGCCACCAACAAUCUAUUUUCCUCUCAACUAAUGUGUGACGCUCGGGGCUUCUGGAACGGCUGGUACCGUCUCUUCAUUCAGGGUCAGAGCGUUCAGAUGGCAGACACAUGUGUUGAUGAGCAUAGUUGUGGCACUGCUGCUCCACUGUGGCUGAAUGGAGGACAUCCAAAAGUUAAGGAUGGAGUGGUCACUCGAGCUGUCUGCGGUCACUGGAAAAAUAACUGCUGCUAUUUCCAAUCCAAUCCCAUUAAAGUCAAAGCCUGUCCUGGCAAUUACUACGUCUAUGAGUUUGUGAGCCCAACUUCCUGUCAUUCAGCAUACUGUGCAGAAGUUAGGAACAUAAUCAUCAAUAAUCCUACUGUCACUCCAAACACAACUUUGGCAGACCCCUGCUUUAGCUACACUGAGCUGAAUGAUUCAUGGAGAGCCACCAACAAUCAUCAACCCCAAUGGUGUGACACUGCGGUCAACUGGCACGGGUGGUACCGUCUCUUCAUUCAGAAUCAGAGCGCUCAGAUGCCGGACACAUGUGUUGCCACGUUAAGUUGUGGCACUGCUGCUCCACUGUGGCUGAACGGAGGACAUCCACAAAUUGAGGAUGGAGUGGUCACUCGAGCUGUCUGCGGAAACUGGUUGAAUGACUGCUGCAUGUUCCGAUCCAAUCCCAUUAAAGUCAAAGCCUGUCCUGGCAAUUACUACGUCUAUGAGUUUGUGAGCCCAAUUGGCUGUUUUUUGGCAUACUGUGCAGAAGUUAGGGACAUUACCACCAAUAAUGCAACUGUCACUCCAAACACUGCACCAGGAAUAUUCUACCCAUUCGGCUCAUCAGGAGACACUAUAAACCCUGCUGUUGAUGAUGGAAGCUCCUCAGUUAUUCCACUGUUGGGUCCAUUUCUGUUCUUUGGCCACACAUACCAGCAGAUUUAUGUUAAUAAUAAUGGACACCUCACAUUCAACCAGCCUUCAGACCAAAUUGUCCCCUACUCCUUUCCUGCUAAUGGAAGCCAAGAUAUAAUUGCUGGUCUCUGGACCGACCUUGACAACCGUGUGAGAGGUGUGGUUUCAUAUCAUCAGUACACUAAUGGAAGUGUUCUCACACGCGCCACUCAGGAUAUAAACAAUCAUUUCCCAAAUCUAACCUUCAGCGCUUCUUGGGUCUUUGUUGCAACGUGGGAUAAAGUCCCUUACUAUCCCAUCACUAACACAGAAACAUCGUUUCAAGUGGUUUUAAUUUCAGGCACUCAUUUUUCAUAUAUUCUGAUGAAUUAUGGUGACAUUGCUGUAACAGGACUUCCGGUGGAGGCUGGUUAUGUCACAGUAAACUCCACUGACUACUUUGUGAUUCCUGGAUCAAACAUUGGAAACUCAAUCUCAAACCUCAAGAACUCCAGUAAUGUCAAUGUUCCCGGUCGAUGGGCCUUCAGGGUGGACAGUGGACACAACACCUCUAAAAACAACAUCAUUGGACUUCAAAUGAAACUUUCCUCAUUUUCAGAUCUAACACAGAGUGGAAACAUUGAGAUUGUUUUACAGCAAAUAAAACAGGUGCUGGUCAAGAACGGUCUGCAAAGCAACAUAGAGCUGGAGUUAAGAAAAGUGCAAAAAAUAAAGCCGUAAAUUCAGUCUACUUCAGGAAAAGAAAUAAAACAGUCCGGUUCGCUUAGUAUACAGCAAAAAUUCUAU